AUGACUCGAUGGAAAUCGUCCCAAUACCAAGCAAUUAUCUUUGACCUAGGCGGUGUCAUUUUAACAUGGGACCUCCCGGAAGACACUGUGAUAUCGGCCCAGAUCUUUAAGAGAAUGCUCACAUCGCAGACAUGGUCAGAUUAUGAGCGCGGAAAUCUCAGCGAAAAUGGUUGCUACCAGAGGUUGGCCGAGGAUUUUGGCAUUGACUCUGCCGACAUUGCACAUACCGUUAGACAAGCACGGGAAUCCCUUGUCACUGAUACCGCUAUCAUGAACAUUAUAUCUGAGAUCAGAGCUGGGGCUAACCAUAUUGCUAUCUUCGCUAUGUCGAACAUCUCCCAACCAGAUUAUGCGGCUCUGCUCCUUGAUCAUCGCGGGAUGUGCAGUUUUGACCGGGUGUUCCCAUCUGGAUGCUACGGGACAAGGAAACCAGAGCUCUCAUUCUAUAACAAAGUCUUGCGGGAGAUUGACACGCCACCGGAAAACGUCAUCUUUGUCGAUGAUCAGCUGGAAAAUGUGAUCUCUGCGCAGUCCAUUGGCAUACACGGGAUUGCCUAUACGAAUGCUGCUGAACUCGGUCGACAGCUUAGGAACCUAAUAUUUGACCCUGUAGAGAGGGGUAGGGAAUUCUUACGGCGCAAUGCUGGAGAGUUCCAUAGCAUCACUGAAACCGAUCAAAUUGUUCGGGAAAAUUUCUCACAGUUGCUCAUUCUAGAAGCGACUGGUGAUAAGUAUGUCGGUCAAGAGCUGGAAUUUCUUCCAAGGUAUGGAAGCAACGUACAAUCGAGAACACUGAAACCGUGGACUAACGUACUAUGUGAUGUUAACCUGCUAGGAAACCCUAUUCUCACGACAGAGACAUUCCCAGAUGAUGUUGACACAACAUCUCUUGCCUUGAUGACUCUACCUACAGACACAAAAACUGCAAAUUUGUUACUCGACCAGAUUUUGGGGCUAGUCAACGCUGAUGAAAUCGUAACAACCCGAGAACGGAUCGAUCCAGUAGUCUGCGUCAAUGUCCUUCGUCUCUUUUGCACCUACGGCCGGGGCAUUGCGCUCCCUUUGACUCUUCAGUGGGUGUACGACGUCCUCGCUCAUCGGGCAUAUAUAAACGGUACACGUUACUACACAAGUCCCGAAAGCUUCCUAUACUUCGUCGGUCAACUUUGUCGAUUCUCAACAGGGGUACUGGCACUUCGGCCGCUGGAAACGUUGCUUAUAGAUCGUCUCAAGGAACGUCUUCAGGUCAAAGCAGAUCCUCUAUCACUCGCUAUGCGGAUCUUGACCUGUUUGUCCGUUGGUGUGUCUCAAGUUGAAGUCGAUCUCCGAGAGUUGCUCUCGAUGCAGUGUGAAGAUGGCUCGUGGGAACAUUGUCCAUUCACCCGGUAUGGUUUGUCCAAAGUGAGCAUUGGCAAUCGGGGCCUUACAACUGCUUUUGUGGUCAAGGCGGUUGAAAUGUGUCGAGGCAGUUAG